AUGCUAGAGCGUGAAUUCGCAGCUUAUAAUGUACGCUCUGAUGCCGUAAAAAGCGCAGCAGUUGUCCGACAUYUGGAYGUKSCGACCUUGAAAAUUGUGGCGGACAUAAUUGCCACCACGUCUAACGAUUCAUAUACUGAAAUAAAGGAGGCAUUGAUCACACGCUUAACAGCGUCGGAAGAAUCAAAAUUUCGACAACUCCUUACAGGCUUGGAGCUACAGAACAAAAAACCUUCAGUUCUGCUAAGAGAAAUGAAAUUAUUAGCAGGAGACAAUGUAAGUACCCAAGUCCUACAAACCCUAUGGUUACAGAGAUUGCCAACGAGAAUACAGGAAGUACUAGCAGUCGUAGAAGACGUUGGUCUCGAACGUCUAGCAMCCCUAGCCGAUAAAACAAUAGAAAGAACAGGGCAUUAUGAGGUAGCAACCAUAGUUGACAAAAGCUCGGGAGACGAAACACAAGAUAGAAAACUACAYGACGAAAUGGCACAGCUCACAGAAAAAAUGGCCCACCUGGAAACCUUAGUAAGAGGUAAAUAUCAUGGYAGACGAUAUAAUCGACCAGUUUAUCAUUCCAGGAAUAGAUCAAGAUCUAGGAGUCGURAUAGGAAUAGACCAUGCUAUUUCCAUGCAAAAUUUGGCGAAAAGUCAUGGAGAUGUCGUAGACCUUGUAACUGGACCGUCCCAGAUCAGCGAAAACAGGGAAACURGAUACACCAUCUAAUAUUGAGGCGAUUGGAGAUGGUGCACAGAGACAAAGCCGCCUCAUAA